GGGAGGGGCACACUGGGUGCGCCCCGUGCGAAACGGCAUUCGUCAUACCUCAGUCGAGAGAGAAGUGCCGUUUCACCUGCUUGGAUAUUGAGACUCGUAUGCAGCGGCCUCUUACCCGAAAGGGAAUAAUGUGACACCGCGACGAUGGAGUCCUGGACACUCGUCAUCCUGGCGCUCGCCGCCACCUUGCAUUGCAGGGGUGCGGGGAGCGAGCGCCUGGGCCUCUCCCCGGGCAGCAGAGUCAGGGCCUCCGUGAGGGGGCUGCCGCGGAACCUGGUGGCCUGCUACAGUGACCCGCGCCUGUUCGCGCGCGAGACCAGGAUCCCGAUGACCAUGGCUAACCUGGUGGAUCUCGUGCAGCGAGUUGAACGACAGCCGGGCUUCGUCGCGGACCUGCGUGUUGUGACCACCACGUUGCUGCACAGGUUCCGCGUGGACGGCCUGGAGCGCGAUCCUCUGGUGGCCGCCGCCCCCGGGGUCACGCCCUACCGGCUCACAGGGCUGCAGCACACCCGCCACAACGUCCUCACGGGCCGGCUGCUCUCCGGCAGCCCCGACUUGUUCCCCGACGGCUCGCUCACCGCCCAACAGGAGUGCGCCCUCCACUGGAUGUUGUCCUCGGCCGUGGACCCCUGGGAGCGCGGCGACGAGAGGUGGCUCUGCCCUCACGUGCCCACCCCUCGCUCCAACGCGCCGCCGAGCGGCGCGCGCCGCAACCCGGCCGGCGGGGAGGUGUUCAAGCCGCGGCUCUACCCGGACCCGCAGCGGGACGUGGGGCCCUGGGGCGGCGUCAACGUCUCCCCGCCUCCGCCGGUCCAGGACGCCGUCAGCUCGGCGUGGAGCGCCUGCCCCGUGGAGGAGGGCGUGGUGGAGGCGGGCAGCGCGGGCGGCAGCGUGGCGGUGGGGACGGUGCUCGCGGGGCUGGCCGCGGGGCUGCAGCCCCAGGAGGUCCCGCUCGCCUCCCUGCUCAGCGCGACGCACCUCGCCAGGCUGCGCGCCGACGGCGGCCGCGACACGGACACCGUGGACAACCUCUGGGCCGCCACGCUGUCCGGCGACCUGGCCGAGGUGUCGGCCUACCAGGGGCCCGUGUCCGCGGCCGCCGGCGGGCUGGUGCUGGGCCCCGGCGGCGCGUGGAACGACUCGCUGAUCCCGCGGGUGCGCUAUCUGUCCCGGGAACGGCCGGGCUCGCCGGAGCUGUCCCCGGUGCGCCACUGGGACAUGACCGACGCCGAGAUCCGCGGCGGGUUCGACGGGCUGGCGCUCGGCUGGCGCGUGGGCCGCUGGGCGCAGGAGACGGGCCGGCUGCGCCUGUCGCAGAUCCUCGACAUGUACUACUCGACCAAGGGGAGUGCCUUCGACGAGGACGUCAAGGCCUGCCGGCGGGGCCCCACUUCCGCAGCCGUCUUCUCUCCAGACACGCUGUUCAAGCAGACGUCGAGGUUCGCGCGGACUCUCACCGACUCGUCGCCGGACGCCCCCUACAUGACGGAGGCGGCGCUCACCAACUUCACCACCUCCUCCGUCAGGGCCUUCCUGAGGUACGCAGGCGACCUGCUCAACGCUGACGUUUGCGACCCAGCGCCGGUGCUGAGUGUGCGCGUCAACGCCCUCGUGGUCCUGGACACGACGUGGACUCGGACGGACGCCUUUGCUUUCCUCGCGACGCUGACAAGCGUAGUCGGCAUCGACGUCGGUCUCUUCGGCUCCCGGAUCGCCGUGAUGAACGGCGGGGUUGGCGGCCCCACGGGCGGCCACUGGAUCGUCAACUUCACCGACAGCCCCGUGCAGCUGGCCACCGAGUGGGCGCGCGUCGACGCCGUGGACGACAUCUGGCCGACGUACCUCGACCUGCCGUGGACACUCAUGGCGGUCAUCGAGCACAUGCAGGCCAAGGCCGAGGCCGAGUCGGCGCGCGGCACCGCGGGCAGCACCCACGGCGACGUCGUGGUCAUCCUGGCCACAGAGUCCACCGUCAGUGACACGGACCUGCGCCACGCCAAGGCCCUCGUGCCAAAGCUCAAGGAACUCAACCCAGAUACCCGCUUGCUGUACAUCGUCACGGAGAUGGGUGAAGCCCGAUUCCAGGAGCUCGUCAACCUCAACCUGGAAUGGGAAGACGCUGUUGUCGUGGUUGACGAUCUUUCGCCGGCCUCCGUCGCGCAUGCGGUCACCAACCAACUCCGCGAGGCGCCGGGCCGGCUCGUGCCCCCGGAGUGCGUGCUGGCGCAGGGCGGCGCCUCUCUGGGCGCCUCCAGCACGGCCCGGCCGGCGGGACACGUCCCCGUCGGCAGCCCCGGCGCCUGGCCCGUGCAGCACGGCGCGCACGUCUGGGCCGCCCCCGGGGUGCGCCGCCCCCAGGCCCGCGGCGCCCGCCCCCGCGACGGGGCGGCCUCCCCGGGCGGCGGUUGGGGCGGCGGCCAGCUCGAGGACUACGUCUCACCGGGACAGCUUCGCCUGUACCGGAUCAACUCGGUUUACCUUCGGCCCGGGCAUCCAGCGAGCGUGCAGAUCGUGGGCGAGGACUACGGCGACCUGCGCCUGUGCGUGUGGCGGGGCGCCGCACCCGGGGGCCCCACGGCCGCCAUGAGGGCCGCGCUCCGGGCCGAGGAGGACGGCGGCCUGGACGACGAGGACGUCGACGGAGCCCCGCAGGUGGAGUGCGUCAACAUGGAGGGCUCCGGGGAGGGCAACGUGACCAUCGGCGAGCCGUGCGCCGGCGGAUGCGCGCCCCUGUACGUCAGCGUAUACGGCACCAAGUCGUACUUCAAGUGCACAGAGGACGAUUGCCGGUACCCGGACGAGAUGAGGUACUUGUUGCGGCCCAGCGGCGUGCUGUGCGUCGGCGCCGAGCCCGUGGCCGCGCCGGCCUCCGCACCGCUCCGCACCUCCCCGUCAGUCCCGCUGUGCGUCGCUGGUCUGCUCCUACAGGUGCUGCUCGUGCUGGCCGUCAGAUGAUGCCCGUGAGCAAAUGGGCACAUUUGACUGUUUUUGUUUUCCUAACCAGCCCAUGUCAUUAGUUGUAACAUUGUCAGUUCGACACUUUGGUCCUCAGUAGACGGGAAGAAAUGAAUUAACGAGCGAGAGGAUAAUUUGAAGUACGAAGACUGGUACUGCAGCGGAUUGACGGGUCGAAGCCUCGGGAAUGGCACGUAUUUUAUUGUCUACUUUACUCAUCAACUGCCAUAAACAUAAUUUAUUUGAGAAAAAUAUAAUUUAUAGUCUUUAGUUUAGCCAAUGUAAAGGUAUAAAUACACUAGCCUAGCAUGUAGAAACACUAAUUUGUUUGGUGUCCCUCAAUUAUUUAUUUCAUCAAAUAAAAAAUAAUGAGAGUAACAGUUCAUAAACUAUA